AAAAAAAAAAAAAAAAAUAGUUCGAUUACCUCCGGUUGUGUUAUUUACGUUCAAAAACAGUGCAAAUCCCUUUUUACGUAAUGGCCACCUACCGGUUGGGCAUCGUGGGCCGCACGUUCGCCUCUAGACUUUCCUCGCAAGCUGGCCGGAACUUCACCCACCACUUACGUGAGCAGCAACCCCGGCUCAGUUUGGUUCGGUGUUACGCCAGCCCGGCGGGAGGAUCUUCAGCAGCACCGCAAAGCAGCUUCCGACUUGCGUUGAAGGCGAUGGCCGUGGGGGCGCUGCUCGGGACGGGGUGGUCCGGGUAUACUUACUUUAAGGGGGACGCCGGUGACCACAUGAUUCACGAGAAGACGGAACCGACGUUUUUGAACCGGUUGCCGGAUGUUAAGAUUACGCGGAAGGUCGUCAAUCCGAAGGACGAUUCGGGGCUGGAGUUGGUGCUGUUCCAGUUCCAGACGUGUCCGUUUUGCUGCAAGGUGCGAUCGUUUUUGGACUAUAGCGGGUUGUCGUAUUCGGUGGUGGAGGUGGACGCCGUCCUCCGGCAGGGCAUCAAGUGGUCGGACACGAAAAAGGUGCCGAUCAUGUUGGCGCGGACCAAGUCGGGGCGGUACGUGCAGUUGACCGAUUCCAGCAUGAUUGUGUCGGUGCUGUCGAGCUACCUGCGGGACAAGCAGCAGGAUGUUGGGGAGUUGGCCAAGUACUAUCCGUCCAUUUCGUACGUGAACGACGCGGGCAGGAAGACGAACGACAUCAUGAACAAGUACUUCCUGAUGCUGCAGGAUGCGAAGAGGCAGGAGAAAAACGAUGCGCAAGACGAGGAGCGCAAGUGGCGCACCUGGGCCGACGACCACCUGGUCCACCUGAUUUCCCCGAACGUGUACCGCACCAAGGACGAAGCGUUCGAGACGUUCGAGUGGUUCUCGGAUGUGGGCGAGUGGGGCGUGCAUUUUCCCAAGUGGGAACGCGACCUGAUGGUUUACGUCGGUGCCAUGGCCAUGUGGGCGAUCGCCAAGCGGCUGAAGAAGCGCCACCAGCUGACGGACGACGUGAGGUCGCACAUCUACGACGCGUGCGACAAGUGGGCCGUAGCGGUGGAGAAGAAAAAGACGCCCUUCCUCGGCGGAAAGCAGCCCAAUUUGGCCGAUUUGGCAGUGUUCGGAGUGCUGAGCAGUAUGGAGGGCUGCCAGGCGUUUAAGGACUGUUUGGACAACAGCAAAAUCGGCGGUUGGUUCUACGAGAUGAAGAAGGAGGUGAUGAGCCACCGGGGACAGGUGGUUUGAGAUGAAAUUGUGUGUUGAUUUUAGAAAUGUUGCUAUAAUAAAAUUUAUGACUUUAA